AGAGUGAGAACCACGCGAGCUUGUGUCUAUUGUCGAAAGAAGAAGAUAAAGUGUGAUGGCCGUCAUCCCACGUGUUCAAACUGUCUUCAGCUUCAAUUGAAUUGUGUGUAUGCAGAGAGCAAGAAGAGAGGACCACGUAAAGGAUAUGUACAAACAUUGGAGGAAAGACUUACAGAAAUGGAAAAAAGAUUGACGACCAAUAACGGAUUGAUAAUGCCUUCUACCAGUUUAUCACCCAUUCAACCUAGUUUUUCAACGAUACAUAACGAUAUGGAGUACGAUCUUCCAUCAAAAGAGAUAGUAGAUCAUCUUGUGGAUAUAUUCUUUAAGCAUAUCAAUGCCUUUUUACCAUUUGUGCAUCGUUCUAUCUUGAAGAAGAGUAUCCAAGAAGGGACGAUAUCACGUCCAUUAUUAUAUAGUGUAUUAGCAACCAGCUCUAGAUUUUCAGAUCAUCCUUCCAUUCGUACAGACCCGCCUUAUCUGGCAUGCGAGCGAUUUGCUAAAAAAGCAUUGUCUCUAGUCGACGCUAGUACUCUACAGCCAACCAUGAGUAACAUACAGUUCUGGGGCAUUAUGUCUUUUCUGGAAUAUGGGCGCGCAUCGGGAACAAUGUCGUGGGUUUACGGAGGAUUAGCUGUGAGAUUUUGUCAAGAAUUGGGAUAUCAUAAAGAAGAAAUACAGAGUACACCGGUCGUCGGAAAGGACGGGUCUGUUGACGCCUUUGAAAUGGCAAUGCGACGACGCAUAUACUGGAGCUGUCUUGUUCUUGAUAAAAUGGCCAGCGCAGGCACACAUCGACCUCAAUGCAUUGAAAGGUCCGACUGUGAUGCUCGUCCAUCCAGUUUUGCAGAAAACAUCUUACUUCGCGACCCAGAACUUCAUACAAACAUCCAGGGAAAACCGAUCCAGGAGGAUUCAUUACUGAGUGCCAGUGUUUAUUACAUGAGUUGUUUAGAAAAGUUUGGAGAGGUCAAUCGGUACAUGAACAGAAUAAGCAACAAUAAGCUGAGAUCCAUCGUAUGGCCGCCGAUCGCUGAGCAUCGAAACCUUGAUAAUCAACUUCGUGCAUGGCAAGAGAGCUUGCCUGAAAAGUUCAAAUUUACACAAAGCAAUCUAGAGCAUCAUCAGACGUCUGCAAGUGCUCAGAAUUUAACCACUUGGCUUUCGUCGCAUGCCCUGUGGUGUUCUAGUAUGAUGAUGUUGCAUAGAGGCAGUUUAGCUUACUUUGAUAUAUCACACCAAGUUGGAGAAGAAAUGUAUAGGCGUAUACAGGCGAGUGUUGAGACUUGUCAUAUGUGUGUGGAUGCAGCGAUGGGCGUCUUUGGCGCCAUGAAGGAUCUCUGCCAUUAUAACGUUCUGCCCUAUAACGGAUACUCUGCCUAUAUCUUUGCAACCGCACUCAUGACAUCUGCCUUUUCACAGACUCAGGAAGAUCGUGAAAAGAGUAGCAGAGGCUUACAGAUAUUAUAUGAACUUAUUGAAGUAGGUUGUCACGUAAAAGAAGCAUUUCAUAUAUUCACCUUUUUUUUAUGAAAGGGACUCUCCCCAUACUGGCAAAUGUGUGAAAAACUAGCAAAGGCAACCAAGGAAUUACUGAUAAAUCACAAGAGAUUAUAUGGGAAUAGUCUAUACAACAGCUAUGAGAACCACAGAAUUGAUAUGAUGCCAACCAUGGAAAACUCAGCAUCUCUGUAUUCUUCACA